AUGCCGCCGAUUACAAGAUCCGGCGGCCCUGCUGGCAAGAGAGUCACCAUCAUCCUACAAACAUCCAGACCUCGUCCCCGAUUCAUGAAGAAGCUUCCCCCAGAGAUUCGCACAAUGAUCUACAAGCUACUCCUUCCAGGCCCUCGUACCAUUGAAGUAGUCUUCGCCGCUCUCUCCCAAGCCUCCGACCAAUCCGCCACCGUGGCCGAGAAUACUGACAUUUCAGUCAAUCUGCUUCAAGACGAUGAUCCCACCGACCUCGAUUUCAAAAAAACAAAAUCCAAGUCCUCAAAGCCACCUCCGUACAAGUUCGUCAACACCAAUACGGAAAACCGCCUCGUCCUCCACCAAAUCAACCAAGAAACCCGCCACUUUGUCCUCGCCCAAGGAUAUAAUGUCAUCUUCAAGACACCAACUUCUCCCGGGACUCUGUUCAAUUUCCAACAAGAUAUUCUCGCCUUCACUUCCGCCCUCGACUCUACCGCCGAGCAACGCUUCCGAUUCAUCGAUAAGAAGAGCUUCCAGUUCGACAUCGCCCGAAUUCAGAAUCUGGCUUACCUCUUUUCCUUUUUUUACAGAGAGCUCCAGCGAGUCCACUUCAACCAACCUCGCGCCCGCGUCUUGAUGACACGCUUUGCCAACCUAAAAAAAGUCAUUAUCCCACUGCCGGUGGCACACCUGCAGAUGUGUGAGUAUUGCCAAUCCCAAGGUCAAGGCGGUCAAGGCUCCGUAAUUCCCUCCAAUUCGAUGGCGGCAGGCGUGAUCCAAACCGCUCAGAACAAUUUUGACGAGCUAAAGCAGAAGUUGAUUGACCGAGGUAUUGUCUGGCAAGCCCCAACUUCUGUCUACAAAACCCACUGCAUGAGACAGCGCUGGAACCUCGAUCUGGGUGACCACGAGCCUGACGAGUCAUCCUGA